AUAUGACACAUGUUUUUGUUUUUCUAUUUUUGUUUCUCUCUUAAAAUUCUAAACAAACUUUUAAAACAAAUUCUAUUUAUCUACGAAAAGAAAUGGUUUCUACUCCCACUAAAACUCAGGAUUCAACAAUUUCACCCACCUUAACACCAGUAAGAUUUCUUGAUAGUCCAAAGGGUAAAACCUCUUCUACCAGCGACUCCAAUGUUGCCGCUUGUAAAUCACGCCUGGAGGUAAUUGUUAAAACUAUCGAAGACAAUUUCAAUAAAUGGCAAUUGGCCGAGAAGCGUGGUUUAGCUUUGUGCACUUCGAUAGAGGCAAUUAAGACAAAAGCUCUGGAUAAAUUGAAUACAAAUGAUAAUAGUUCGCAGGUGACUACUUAUCCAGAUGAACUUAAACUAUAUUGUGAUAAAUUGGCAAUAAUUGCUUCAAUAUUUGAAGAUAUUACUAAAAAUGCCCGCGAGUCGUUGAGGCAAUUGAAGGCUUUAAGUAAAUUGCCGGGAAGUUGUAAUGAAAUAUUCUAUCGUUCAUGGGAUUUGAAUAAUUUUAUUGAAUUCUUAACCGAACUUUUGGAAAGAUACGAAAAAGAGUCAAAAGUUAAAAAACAUGUUUCUGAACACUUACCCCACGGCACCACAAGAUCCGAUUUAAUACGUUCUUCUACCGCCUGGGAAUAUCCCCAACAUGUUGACUCCUAUGUUCAUUUAAUGUUUCUUUUUUUCAAAGAAGAAAUUAAUCUUAAGAAAUAGUUGUAUUGACACAAUAAAACACGUUGGUAUUAAAUUUUAUUGUUUAUUUAAAAAAAAA